AAAUUCAACUUAAACAAGCUAUCUGUUUUAGCAAGAAGAUGGCGUCUCAAAGUGUUGAUAAAGACAUAUAUCGUAAUUACUUGAACGCAGAAGAAGUGAAGAACAUCGAAUGGAGGUAUGCAGCCCCUCCAAACUAUGAUGUUGUCAACAAGCUCUUUGAAGAAGGCAGAACUAAGAUAUGGCCUCCUGGGUCACUUGAGGAAAAUGUGCAGAACCUUGUAAAGACAUGGGAAAUGGAGAUUUUCCAUAAGACCAACCUGGAUGACUUCAAAACCCUUGAUCCCAAGAAGUACACUUUCAGCUUAAAUGGCAGGAAGGCCUUAACUUUGCAAGAAGUAGGCAAGCUGGGAGGAUAUAAUCCACUGCUGCAGACCUCUCUACCUGAGAAAUUUAGGGGCUAUAAUCCAGAUAAGGAAACAGCAGAUUCUUCUCACCGGUCUUUUACGACAACAUUCCCUCGAGGGUUUGCUUUGGAGAUUUUCCAAGUGUAUAGUGGGCCACCGGUGAUUGUGUUCAAGUUCAGGCAUUGGGGUUACAUGGAGGGUCCUUUCAAAGGCCAUGCCCCAACUGGAGAAAUUGUUCAAUUCUAUGGAAUGGCCAUUUUUGAGUUGGAUGAGCAGGAGAAGAUCGUGAAGGUGGAGUUCUUUUACGACCCUGGUGAAUUGCUGGGAGGUCUUCUGAAAAGUGAGAGCUUGGAUGGUUCUGCUGAGGAGCCGAGUACAAGCUGCCCUGUGCUAAGGAACACAGGCUAGAAUUAAAAAUUCCCAAACCAAACAAGCUUUUCUUGCAUUUUUCAUACUUGAUACUCAAAUAACGUAAGCUGCAGUUAUAGGCAGCUCUGGUUUUCAAGUGAUAGUGCACAGGGUUGGUUAUUCAGCCCAGGUUGUUUAGGAGUUGUUUAUUUGUUUCCCUUUUUACUCUCUCUUUUAGGAGUCUUCCAGGAGUUUGAUUGGUUUGGAGUCCGUUCUAUAUAAACCUAUUGAUUUCAAUAAAAUGCAGUAAAUAAAUCCUGGUUGUUGAGGCAGA